AGUGACGGCGGGUGGGCGCGGCCACCGGCCUCCGCGGGCGGCCGCGCCCGUCAAUGGAGACAUACUGGCUCCGCGCCGGCGGACGAGCCGCUUCCCGACCGGAGCGUGAGGAGAGGCGGCGGCAGCCCCGCGCUGGUCCAUGGCGCAGCCGCGGCACCCUGCGGGCGGCUGCUCCUGCCGCAACACGAACUGCGUGGAGCGGCCGCUGACGCAACUCUUCAAGGGGCUCGGGCGGAUGGUGGCCGCCUGCCCCUGGCCCUUCCUGCUGGCGCCACUGCUGCUCUCGGCCGGGCUGGGCUCCGGCUUCCUCCGCCUGCGGCAGCUGCAGGCGAACGACAUCGAGGAGCAGUUCACGCCGACGCGGGGCCCCGCCAAGGCCGAGCGGGACUUCGUGCGGCGCCACUUCCCCACCAACGACUCGGCGUACUUCUCCGCGCCGCGGCUGCCCACGGAGGGCGCCUACGCCGCCCUCAUCGCCACGGCGGUGGCGGGGGGCUCCGUGCUCAGCGACGCGGCGCUGGGCGAGGUGCGGCGGCUGGACGCGGCCGUGCGCGCCCUGGGCGACUACGAGCAGCUCUGCGCCCGCCGCGGCGCCGCCUGCGCCGCCGCCAACCCGCUGCUGCCGCUGCUGGGCAGCGGCGGGGGCGCCGCGGCCGCGAGCAGCCUCAGCUUCCCCCUCAGCAACGGCACCUUCCUGGGGGCCGCGCUGGGCGGCGUGCAGACGGGCGACGGCGGGCGGCUGCUGGCGGCGCGGGCGCUGAAGCUGACAUACUACCUGCGGGAGGACGGCCCCGCCGAGGCGGCGGGCCGCCGCUGGCUGGAGGACUUCAUCCGGCUCGUCCCCGACGUCCUGCGCGCCUUGAACUUCACCGCCAUCGAGCAGGUGACUUACUUUACCUCACUGUCCAGACAGAAGGAGUUCGAAGGAAACACCAAGACGGUGAUCCCGCUGUUUUCCAUAACUUAUUUUUUGACAAUAACCUUUUCAAUUGUCUCUUGCCUAAGACUGAGCUGUAUAAGAAAUAAUAUCUGGCUUGCAAGCUGUGGAGUGGUUUCUGCUGGUUUAGCUGUGUUAAGCAGCUUCGGAUUGAUGCUGUACUGUGGAGUGCCAUUUGUCGUCACUGUAGCAAAUGCACCAUUUCUUAUUCUGGGAGUUGGUGUUGAUGACAUGUUCAUCAUGAUUGCUUGCUGGGAGAAAAGUGCAAGAGAAAACAAAAAAGACACUAAAGCCCGAAUGGCUAAGACUUAUGCAGAGGCGGCAGUUUCUGUUACAAUUACCACUCUCACAGAUGUUUUAGCCUUCUUCAUUGGCACCUGGACUGCUUUUCCAUCUGUGAGAUCAUUUUGCCUCUACACAGGCACUGCUUUCAUCUUCUGCUAUAUAUAUACCAUGACCUUCUUUGGGGCAAUUCUUGUACUAAAUCAUAAAAGGGAGGAAAGAAACCAACACUGGUUAACUUGCAUGCCUGUGAAAACAGGUAAAGAUAAGACUAGUAAGUCCUGCUUGUACAAUGCAUGUUGUAUAGGCAGCCGUUCUAGUGAGUCGUCGGACUCAGAAAGCGAACAUCUAAUGAGCAAAUUCUUUAAAAGCCAUUAUGGUCCUUUCUUUACAAAUAAAUGGGUCAAGCUAUUUGUGGUAUUGCUGUAUGGAGCAUAUCUGGCUAGUAGUCUUUAUGGAUGUACUCAGAUCAGGGAAGGCAUAGAUCUUCGAAAUCUGGCUAGUGAUGACUCUUAUGUUAUUCCAUACUAUGACGAUGAUGACAAAUAUUUCUCAGAAUAUGGACCCAGGGUCAUGGUUGUCAUUACUGAAAGUGUAGAAUACUGGAAUCAGUCUGUUCGAAUGGCCAUUGAGAACUGCAUGCAGAGCUUGGAGGGCAUUUCCUAUGUAGAUAGGAACCUCUCGGAGUCAUGGCUGACAGUAUACACAAAAAUCACUGAAAGUGCUUCAGUAGAUCAUUUCAUGAAUACUUUACCAAUACUGUUCCAGUAUUAUCCAGAUUUUGAGUGGGACAUUAACAAGACUCAGGAUAAAAUUGAAGCUUCACGUUUCUUCAUCCAAACUGUGAAUGUUACCUCAGCUGUUGAUGAGAAAAAUCUUUUAAACCAAUUGAGAGACACAGCCGAGCAGUGCAGUAUUCCAUUAAUGGUGUACCACCCAGCAUUCAUCUACUACGAUCAGUACCUGGUUAUAGUGCAGAACACCAUUCAGAACAUCCUCACUGCUGCUGGGGCCAUGCUCAUUGUCUCUCUCUUACUUAUUCCCAACCCAUUCUGUUGUGUGUGGGUAACUUUUGCUAUAGCUUCUGUUAUAGUUGGUGUUGCCGGUUUCAUGACGUUUUGGCGUGUCAAUCUAGAUUCCAUAUCCAUGAUCAACCUUGUCAUCUGUAUAGGAUUUUCAGUAGAUUUUUCUGCUCAUAUUUCCUAUGCUUUUGUUUCCAGUGAAAAGCCAUCAGCGAAUGAAAGGGCAAUAGAAGCUCUGCACCUGUUAGGUUACCCGGUAUUACAAGGUGCAAUUUCUACUAUAUUAGGAGUAGUUGUAUUGGCUGCAGCAAAAACAUACAUCUUCAGAACAUUUUUCAAGAUCAUGUUUCUUGUUAUUUUGUUUGGGGCUGUUCAUGGUCUUAUUUUUAUUCCAGUAUUUUUAACCUUUUUUGGAAAUUUUGGCAGAUCACCCCACAAUACAGUAUCUGAAGACAUCCUCAAGCCAGAAACUAGGUUUAGGAAAGAUAAAGACUGUCCAUAACUAAGUUAAAUGUAAAAGAUUAUAUAUUUAAGCUAUUAUGUGUAGACUAAAAUGCAGUAACCUUAAGAGAGUAUGAGAGAGAAAUAAAAGAUAGAAGAAUAAAUACAACAGAGAAGUAAAGGCAUAAGAAAAGUCAUGCAGCAAGUAACAGAAGGUGAAAUUAAAACAUACAGAGAAGAUGGAUUUGUAACCUUAUUUCUGGCAUUUCCUCAUUUUUGCAUGUUUGGCUUUGUAAUCUUAAUUGUUUAAACUUUUUGUGAAUUGUUUACUGACUGAAUUGAAGUUAAAAUUAUUAUAAACAGUGAAUAUUGUACCAGCUGUAUGUACUGUUACAGUUUUGUCAGGAAACGCACACAGGAAGGAGGAGUAACUCCUAAUUGUGUGCAUCUCCUAGGUAUUUAUCUUGAUGAUGUAACUCAGCCCCAUCCUGGGCCUAAUGACAAGUUUCUGCAGGAGGCACAAACCUUGGGGUUCUAUGGCAAGGUUAUUUAUUGCAAGCUUAUCAAGAGGUCGGGUCAGAACUGCUUCAGACUGCAACUAUUCAUAAGGCUUUAGGAGACUUGGUCUAUACAGGCUCCUAGGGCACAAGGGACCCUUAGGGAAGAUGAACUCACUCACCUAUUGUGUGUUAAAAUCCUCCCUUUCUUGGUGCUCAGUUUUCUUGCUAAGAUUAAACAACAUGUUAUUUUAACAA